AUGGAUAGAAGAAGAAGUACUUCAAAAUUGAACAGUAGGCUUACUAGGCUUCUCCUUUUGCUAUUCAUAUUCUGCCUUCGCCAAGAAACUGUGCAGUGCCAAGAAACUGAGCCUCCAUCGUCGUCAAAGCAACCCCACUUCAAGAACCAGCUUCAAAGAAUCAUUCUCAGCAUUGUGUUGGGAGUAGUGACAGGACUAAUUUGUGCCCUUCUCACUGCUCUCUUGGUCCGCUGCUUUCUCCGCUACAUUAGCAGAACCCCAAUUCUAAAAGGCCCAGUCAUAUUUUCUCCCAAAAUCGAUCCCAAGACGCUCCAAUUGGCAUUAACUAAUGAAAACCAGUUACUGGGUUCUAGCCCAAAUGGCAAGUACUACAGGACUGUUCUUGACAAUGGGCUUAUCAUUGCAGUCAAGCAGCUUGGACCCUUCUCCGAGUGUAGCUCGCCAGAGUCUCAGAGCAAGUCGGUGAAGAGGCGAAUACAGCAGGAGCUUGAAGUUCUUGCUGGCCUGAGGCAUAGGCAUUUGAUGAGCCUGAGGGCUUAUGUUCGUGAACACGAUAGGUUCUCUUUGGUUUAUGAUUUUGUGCCCAACGGGAGCCUAGAGGAUACUAUGAAUAGAGUUAGAGAAAACCAAUUGCAGCUUGGUUGGGAAGUUCGGCUUCGGGUUGCAGUUGGGGUGAUUAAGGGGCUUCAGUAUCUUCACUCGUAUGUUCCUCAGAUUAUGCACUACAACUUGAAGCCUACAAAUGUUAUGUUGGAUUCGGAGUUUGAACCGAGAUUGGGAGAUUAUGGGUUGGCCAAGCUUACGCCUUAUUUGGAUGGAGCAACAUCUGGCUACAGCGCUCCAGAGUGUUUCCAGAAUGGCAGGUACGGUGAUAAGAGCGACAUUUUCAGCUUUGGGAUGAUAUUGGGUGUUUUAUUAACUGGUAGAGACCCAACUGACCCCUUCUUUGGGGAAGCAGCUAGUGGUGGAAGUUUAGGACGGUGGCUGCGGCACUUGCAGCAAGCCGGGGAGGCACGGGAAGCAUUAGAUAAGAGUAUAAUAGGGGAAGAGGGGGAGGAAGAUGAGAUGUUGAUGGCAGUGAGAAUUGCUGUUGUAUGCCUAUCAGAUUUGCCAGCAGAGAGACCCUCAAGUGAUGAGCUUGUUCACAUGCUAACCCAACUGCACAGUUUUUGA